AUGCAGACAUCGUACCCACAAUAUGCUUCUUCAAACCCUAGACAAGAACAGCUUGAUCUUACAAAUCCUAAAACAGUAGAAAUGUUUAGUCGUUAUCAUAACCAUGAAUUAUUGUCAAACCAGUGUUGUUCCUUUCUAAGUCAAAUCAUCGAUGCACCACUAGAAUUAGUUUGGUCAAUGGUUAGCCGUUUCGAUCAACCACAAAUUUACAAAAGGUUUGUUAGAAGUUGUAAAAUUAUUAAAGGUGAUGGGAGGAGGACUGGUAGCAUACGUGAAGUACGUCUUGUAUCGGGAUUACCAGCUACAUCAAGUACUGAACGGUUAGAUUUACUUGAUCAUGCUAACCAUGUCAUAUGUGUUAGUAUUCUUGGUGGUGAUCAUAGACUGAAUAACUAUAAGUCUAUCAUUACACUUCACGAAAUCAGUAAUAAUGAUAAUCAAGAUGAAAGCAGUGACGAUGAUGUUUUUGGGAAUACAUCAACGGUUGUGAUUCAAUCGUAUGUGGUUGAUGUACCAGAUGGAAAUACUGCACAAGACACAAGAUUGUUUGUUAACACACUAAUUAGGUGUGAUCUCAACUCUCUUGAUAGUAUUUGUGAGAAAAUGGCAUGUUCUUCCUCUUCCUCUUCUUAUAGUUCUUCUACUGAGGACUCCUCUUGGUAG